GAGCCUGAGCGCGGGCUCUGGGCUAACAAGAGCGAGUACCUCCUGUCUAUGUUAGGUUAUGCUGUUGGACUGGGAAAUAUCUGGAGAUUUCCUUACUUGGCCUACAAGAAUGGAGGAGGGGCCUUUCUCAUCCCCUAUUUCACCAUGCUGCUGGUGGCUGGAAUUCCUCUUUACUUCCUGGAGAGCGCACUCGGUCAGUUCUGCAGCCAAGGUCCAGUCAACAUAUGGAGAAUGGUGCCUCUACUGCAGGGCGUUGGCAUUGGAACAGUCUUGGUGACCCUGGUGAUAACGGUCUACUACAACGUCAUCAUCACCUACAGCCUGUACUACAUGUUCGCCUCCAUGCAGAACCCUCUGCCGUGGUCCGACUGCUUCAGCUGGUCCAACGACAACUGCAGCACCAAACCCAUAGUACACUGCAAUGUAAACGGGACUGUGGUGGCCAACUGGACUCAACAAAACAUGACGUGUGAUGAGUCCAACCAAAUUCAAAUACCAGUGCAGAGCCCGAGUGAACAGUACUGGGAUCUCGUGGUUCUGCAGAGAUCCAGCAGUCUUGACGAGACAGGGAUGGUAAUUUGGCAGCUGGCUCUCUGUCUGCUGCUGAGCUCCAUCAUUGUCUCUGCAGCGCUCAUCAAAGGGAUCAAGUCAUCUGGCAAAGUUGUCUAUUUCACUGCAACGUUUCCUUAUGUGGUGAUUUUAAUCCUGCUGAUCAGAGGCGUGACACUAGAGGGCGCUCAAGUUGGGAUUGAUUACUACAUUGGCACACAGUCAAAUUUGACUAAACUGAGAGAAGCAGAGCCGUGGAAAGAUGCUGCUACUCAGAUCUUUUAUUCUCUCUCCAUUGCCUGGGGUGGAGUCAUCACCCUCUCUUCUUACAACCAGUUUCACAACGACGUCUUCAAGGAUACACUCUUAAUCACUUUUGCUAAUUCCGGGACCAGUGUGUUUGCAGGCUUUGCCAUAUUUUCCAUCUUGGGUCACAUGGCUCACGUCUACAACAUAUCGAUAAGAGAAGUGGUGGAUGAAGGAUUUUCCCUGGCGUUCAUUGCAUACCCAGACGCUUUGUCGAAGCUUCCCAUUUCUCCCCUUUGGUCCAUUUUGUUCUUCUUCAUGCUGCUGACUGUUGGUCUGGACUCUCAGUUUGCAGGAUUAGAGGUGAUCAUUUCAACCCUGAUCGAUGCAUACCCGACAAAACUCAAAUCCAAACAUGGCCUCUUGACUGUGGCCAUUAGUGGCGUCCUGUUUUUUCUGGGUCUACCGUGUGUCACAGAGUCGGGGAUAUACUGGGUCACUCUCAUCGACAAGUUUGCUGGCAGCUGGGUGCUGCUGGUGCUCGCUCUCUUUGAGCUCAUUAGUGUUUCCUACAUUUAUGGACUGAACCGGUUUAUUGAAGACAUGGAGAUGAUGAUGGGGAAAAAGAGCUUUGCUUUCUGGCUGUGGUGGAGAGCGUGUUGGUUUUUCAUCACUCCCUGUGUCAUAGGUGUGAUCUUUGUGUGGUCGAUAGUCACCCUUGUGCCUCCGUUGUAUGGACAAAUCCCCUACCCUGACUGGGGCAUCGCUAUCGGAUGGUGCAUAGUUGUUUUCCUCCUCAUCUGGAUCCCCGUCGUCGCCGUGUAUAAGCUGAUCAGAGCAGAAGGAAACCUGUGGAAGGUUUGUAGGAUUAUGUGUGAUGGAUGUAUUACACUCCUUUAAAGACUCUUCAGUGUUUAAAGUGAUGCUGCUUCCUUCCUCCAGCGUGUGAAGUCGCUGUGCACCCCAUCUGAACAGUGGCACCCCUACAUGGACGCACACCGAGGGGAUCGAUACCCAAAAGACAGCUCCAGUCAGAUGAAGAACAACCCGAACAGACCGGAAGUUGACGUGAACGUCAUCUCAGACUCAGACCCAAAUGUGGGCGAUGGAGACGAGAACCCUGAGCGUGGAAACUGGAACAACAAGGCAGAGUACCUCCUCUCUAUGUUGGGCUAUGCUGUUGGACUGGGGAAUGUCUGGCGGUUUCCGUAUUUGGCCUUCAAACAUGGAGGAGGGGCCUUUCUCAUCCCCUAUUUUAUCAUGCUGCUGCUGGCUGGGAUUCCUCUGUAUUUGUUGGAGAGCGCCCUCGGUCAGUUCUGCAGCCAAGGUCCAGUCAACAUAUGGAGAAUGGUGCCUCUGCUGAAGGGUGUUGGCAUUGCAACGGUCAUGGCUAACAUCAUAUCAUCGGUCUACUACAACGUCAUCAUCGCCUACAGCCUGUACUACAUGUUCGCCUCCAUGCAGAACCCUCUGCCGUGGUCUGACUGCUUCAGCUGGUCCAACGACAACUGCAGCACCAAACCCAUAGUGUAUUGCAAUGCAAAUGGUACUUUGUUGACCAACUGGACUGAAGGAACCUGUGCUGAGUCCGAUAUGGUCCACAUGCCAGUGCAGAGCCCGAGUGAACAGUACUGGAAUUUUGUGGUUCUGCAGAGAUCCAGCGGUCUUGACGAAACAGGUCCUGUAAUUUGGCAACUGGCUCUCUGCCUCUUACUGUGCGCCAUCAUUGUGGCUGCAGCGCUCAUCAGAGGGAUCAAGUCAUCAGGCAAAGUUGUCUAUUUCACUGCAACGUUUCCUUACUUAGUGAUUUUCAUCCUGCUGAUCAGAGGCGUGACACUAGAGGGCGCUCAAGACGGGCUUAAUUUCUACAUUGGUACACAGUCAAACUUGACUAAACUGGCUGAAGCAGAGGUGUGGAAAGAUGCUGCGACGCAGAUCUUUUUUUCGCUGUGUCUUGCCUGGGGCGGCGUCGUAACCCUUUGUUCUUAUAACAACUUUCACAACAACUUGUUCAAGGAUACACUCGUGAUCACAUUUACUAAUUGUGGGACCAGUGUGUUCGCUGGAUUUGCCAUAUUUUCCAUCUUGGGUCACAUGGCUCACAUCUACGGAGUGUCUGUUACAGAAGUGGUGGAUGAAGGAUUUGGUCUGACUUUCAUUGCAUACCCAGAUGCUUUGUCUAAGCUGCCCAUUUCUCAGCUCUGGUCCAUUUUGUUCUUCUUCAUGCUCUUGACUGUUGGUCUGGACUCUCAGUUUGCAGCAAUAGAGGUGAUAACGACCUUCCUGACUGACAUGUUCCCCGAAAUCUUCAAAUCCAAACGUGCUGUAUUGACUUUAGCAACAAGUGCCUUCUUCUAUCUCAUGGGUUUGCCGUGCGUCACAAGGGCUGGAAUAUACUGGGUGACAAUCAUCGACACCUUUGCUGCCACCUGGGUGCUGCUUAUUCUGGCUUUAUUUGAGAUCGUUGGUGUUUCGUAUGUAUACGGACUGAAUCGUUUCAUUAAAGACAUUGAGAUGAUGAUCGGAGAAAAGAGCUUUGCUUUCUGGCUGUGGUGGAGAGCAGCUUGGUUUGUUAUCACCCCUGGAAUGAUAGUGGUGAUCCUGGUGUGGUCGGUGAUAACCUUUGUUCCUCCGUCGUACGGUGGCGUUGUGUACCCAGACUGGAGUGUCGCUCUAGGAUGGUGCAUGGUUGCCUUCAUUGUCAUCUGGAUCCCUAUUAUUGCUGUUUAUAAGCUGAUAAAAGCAGAAGGAACCCUGUGGCAGCGUGUGAAGUUGCUGAGCACCCCGUCAGAAGACUGGGGCCCCUACCUGGAAAUCCACCGAGGGGAACGGUACUCAAGACAGAAGGAUCCAUACAGAUCAGAGGCUGAAGUGACUGUGAUCACAGACUCAAAGCUCUGA